GCAUGAGCCAUGAGCCAAAGUCACCAUCAUUAGGAAUGAUCUCCACGGCCACGCGGACCACGGCGACAGUCAGCCCCCUCACCCCGUCACCGCUUAACGGCUCCAUCGUAGCAAAUGGAAGCCCGGCUGCCCAGUCAGCGCACUCUGGAUUUGCUGCAGCCCUCCGUAAACUGGCGAAACAAGCCGAGGAGCCUCGAGCUGCAUCCUCCAUCAGCAGCGAGUCAUCUCCAGUGUCGUCUCCAGCCACCAAUCACAGCUCUCCUGUCAGUACACCCAAGAGGGGUCCCCUCGGACCAGGAACUGUCCUGGUUCCCCCAGCGGGCCACAGUGUGCCAAACACUCCACCUGUAGUCACCAUUGCUCCAACAAAAACAAGCAACGGCUUGUGGAGGAACGAGGGGCGCCAGGCUGACUCAGGGCCUCGAGGGGCCAGCAGGGAACGUCUGGGUGCUGAGGGGACCUUCUCACAGGAGAAAGGUGGCCCCUCAGUCCCUGCUCACCUCCUGGGAAACCCUUAUGCCUUCGGUCUCACCCCUGGUGCCGUCAUGCAGGACUCACGUUUUCAGCCCCUGAACCUGCCCAGACAGUUGCCUAAUACUGUGCCUCCUGGUCCUGUACCAGAGGAGUACCUCCGGGGUUUUCGGCCCUAUGCCACGACUGAGGAUGCCCUCAGGAUGCCAUCUUUGCCUUUAGGGCUGGACCCUGCGACAGCAGCUGCUGCAGCUGCCUAUUACCACCCCAGCUACCUGCCCCACCCCUCAUUCACACCAUACAGGAUGGACGACCCAUUCUGCCUCUCUGCUUUAAGGUCACCUUUCUAUCCACUGCCAACAGGGGGAGCUUUACCCCCCAUCCAUCCUUCUGCUGUUCACAUGCACCUACCGGGGGUCCGCUACCCUGGGGACUUUGCACACCCUUCAUUGUCAGCACUGCAGUCUGAGAGACUCCAGCUGGAAGAUGAGCUGCGCCAGCGUGAGCGGGAGCGCGAGCGAGAGCGUGAACGAGAGCGCGAGCGUGAAAAAGAGAGGGAGCGGGAGGCGGAAAGGGAAAAAGAGCGGGAGAGGGAACGAGAGCGCGAGCGAGAYAGAGAGAAGGAGCUGGAGAGGGAACGAGAGCGAGAGAGAGAGCGGGAGCGUGAGAGAGAACGAGAGAAGGAGAAGGAGAGGGAGAAGGAACUGGAGAGGCAGAAGGAGAGGGCACUGAGGGAGAAGGAGCUGCAGGCAUCCAAGGCCAUGGAGAACCACUAUCUCACUGAGCUCCACUCUUUAAGGGGACAAGAGGAACGAACCAAGCCUGAGAGACUAACCCCCAAUCGGGCUGACAAAACCAAAGAGCCCGCCCUUCCAGCUCCCAAACCAGUGCCACCUGGAAUCCACCCAUCCAUGAUUCAGCCCCAUCAUCCUGUUCCUGGUCUGAUCUCAGGCCACAGCCUGUACUUGGGGCCCGGCCCUGUAGGCCCGGGGCUCCCAGCCUCAAUGAUCACACAGAGGACCAACGAGGAAGAGCGGUGGCUGGCGCGGCAACGCAAGCUGCGGCAGGAGAAAGAGGACCGUCAGUACCAGGUGUCUGAGUUCCGCCAGCAGGUUCUGGAGCAGCAUCUGGACUUGGGCCGGCCCGCUGACGCACCAGAUCACAGGACAGACUCACACAGGUCUGUGCAGAAUCCUCAUGAGCCAGGAGGUCGAGAUCAUCACCCUCACUUAGGUGCCCCUCCGCCCCUCAUCUCCCCCAAACCUCCACCGCCACCUCGCGAACACCACCCUCCYCCUCCCACCACCCUGUGGAACCCGGCAGCUCUCAUCGAGUCGGUCUCAGAAUCCAGACGUAACCACGAGCUCUCAGGGAUGGGCCAUUACGAGCUCGGUCGGCUGCCCCCAGGACCCUCCAAAUACGAAGACGUGUCUCGAAGYCGUGAUGUGGUGGCCGUGGAGAAAUACCCACCUCUGAGAGCGCCCCCYGGACUUCCUGAGCCCAGCACCUUUCUUGCCGAGCUAGAGAAAUCCACCCAGUCCUUGCUGAACCAGCAGAGGGCGUCGCUGCCUCUGUCGAGUCAGUACGAAAUAGAAGGAGGCACCAAAAUCAACGCUGGGUUGAAGAAUUUCCAGGGACAUCCGGGGCAAAGUAGACACGGACAUGGUCUCGGAAUGGUCUCUGGGCCGGGYAUUGUGCAGGUAGCCCCCCUGGGGAUGGGUCCCGACACGAUGCUGAUCUAUGAUGAGUUUCUACAGCAGCACCGGAGGCCUGUCAGUAAGCUGGACCUGGAGGAGAAAAGGAGGAGGGAAGCCCGGGAAAAAGGUUACUAUUACGAACUGGAUGACUCGUAUGAUGAGAGCGAUGAAGAGGAGGUGAGAGCCCAUCURAGGAGAGUAGCAGAGCAGCCGCCACUCAAGCUUGAUGACUCCACAGAGAAAUUAGAUUUUCUGAAAGUUGUAGGCCUGACCACGGUGGGCCGGCGCGAUGAGCUCGUGCAGCAGAAGAGGAGGAAAAGGAGGAGAAUGCUCAAGGAGCGCAGCCCUUCUCCACCCGCCUCGCAAUCAAAACGCACUCCCCCUCCUCCUCCUCCUCAGCUCAGCACGAGCUUCACUCCGGAGGAAAUGGACAAGGCACCGGAGCUGGAGGAUAAGAAGCGAUUUCUCACCAUGUUUAAACUCUCCCAUGUCACUAUGCAGCAGAGAAAAGACAAUGAAAGGGUGGUUAAACUGCUUCAAGCCAUUAAAGAAAAGAGUGUAACCUUGGAUACCAUCAGGCAUGCACCUCAUCCACUGUGUAAGAGCCCCCCAGCGCAGAACUCUGAUCCAGCAUUUACCCAGCACUCCUCUGAAUCUGAAGACCACCAUAAUGUCAGACAACAUAGCCCCCCUUUACAUUGCCCGACGUCRCCCAGUGGCCAUCCAAAAUCCCUUGGAGACACAUUAAGGCCAAAGGAGCCCCCCUCUCCAGCUGUAUACCCAGACAAGGCCCGGGGGCCCAGUGAAGGCCCCAUCUCAAAGAGGAGCUCCAGCUUGCUAAACAGCUUGCGUCCCCCACUCCCUUUGCAAYCUAAAGAGGGGCUUCACAGCGUCAACGGACGCACAAAACCCUGGGACAGCUUCACCCCGGAGGAAUUUGCCCAGCAGUUUCAUGAAUCUGUGCUUCAGUCCACUCAGAAAGCUCUGCAGAAACAUAAAGGUGCAGCUGCAGGUGCGUCCGAGUCGUCCCACCUUCAGGAGUCUUCUGUCCACUACAACAUCCCCGAGCUUCAGAACACCCCCAGCCGCCCGCCUCAGCCACAUUUACAGUCUCACACGAACGCACCAACAUUUUGCCAUCCACUGUCGCACGCCCACCCUCAGCCCAACGGGCAGCACUUUUCAAUGCCCCUCCACAAGGAGGUCAACGUGAUGAGGGAAGACCUGUCUGGUCCUGAGAACUCGGAGGAGGAAGAGGAUGAGGAGGAAGAGGAACCUCCAGUUUCCAAGUGGCAGGGAAURGAAUCAAUAUUUGAAGCUUAUCAGGAAUAUAUUGAAGAGCAAAGUUUGGAGAGACACGUGUUGCAGAGCCAGUGUCGAAGGCUAGAAGCUCAGAACUACAACCUCAGUCUGACUGCUGAGCAGCUGUCUCAUAGUAUGGGGGAGCUGAUGUCCCAAAGACAAAAGCUGGCAGUGGAGAGGGAGAAGCUACAAGCAGAACUGGAGCACUUCAGGAAGUGUUUGACACUGCCACAGACACACUGGCCCAGAGGCGGUCAUUACAAAGGCUACCCUCCGAGGUGACCCCAACACUCUGAUCCGACGACACCCCGGCCCCAGCCAUCGCCCCUCCAGACUUAGACUCAGAGUUUAUUUUUCCACAGCCUGGUCCUUGUGGUUCCAUGAAGGAGAAUAUGGCUGGUUAGAUAAGAUAAAUGAAAAUAAAAAUGGACUCAGUGAAUGAGGAGACAGGUGAGGAGACAGGAGCAUUCAGUGAAGGACAGUUAGUCUUUGGAUUGUCAGGGAGUGCACCAGAAGCCACCAACGUGUGCCAAUGUAGCCAACCAGAGCUCAGUGAGGCAGGAGAACCAGAAUAUCAGCACACACACCUGCUUUCCCCCACAUCUCCUGCUCCUGUCGUUCAGCCCCUGCAUCCAUCGGCACCCCAGCUACACAGACAAUCCUGCCAAUGAAGGAGCAGCUUCCCCUGGAGGGGGUUUUGUCACAUGACUUGAAAGCUCCACGCGAAGGCUUCCAGUCAGUCAGGACUGAUUUUUAUCACAGCCGCCACGUGAGCUCUUGAACUGGAAAUGCACUUAAGAAUAAAAGCUGAAGAACUACCUGGUGGUACUGUGUUACAACAAAGAACUAUUUGAAUUACGGAAGAACUUAGAAAAUGUACAUUUUUUUUGGAAAGAAUUAAGGAAAUGUUUUAUUUCAAAAUAGAAAAUUUGAAAAUAAGAAUUUUAAAGGGUGCUUCAGCCUUGUAUUGUAUAUAAUAUGAAGACAAAUGAAUUUUGUAUGUUUUUAUUACUUUAAUCAUUGUUCUUUUAAAAGAAAAAGCCUGCCAUUUUUAUAUGUUUAUGCUUUUCGGGGGUUGGAAGUUUAAAGAAAAACAACAACAACAAAAAAAGCCUUGCUGUUAGUGUUUGUACUGCUGCUGGCCAGAAAAAAAAAAACUAAUUUUGAGAUGUUUAACAGACUGAGUGUUCCUGCUCUCGUUCUGUGCUGGCACCGCGCAGCUGAGACCCAGCCACAGCCACCUCGUCUGACCUCUGGGCUCAGCAAAGCUCACUCAGAGGUCACGAGACGUCUCAUCCCGCCUUCCUUCACAGCAACACAUCUAUGUUUUUAACAACUCCCCUGCUUCGCUUCACUGCUGCUGGCAUGACUAGUUAGCUCGUAAUAUCCUCACGCUUAAAACCAGAUUCACAUCCGAUUUGAAGAACCUGUUCUUGAUGCUUUAUCUGAACAUUGGACAUCCACUUAAAUUAUGUAUAAUAUUGGAGUCCCAAUAUACGACAGAGUAUUAGGGCCACAUUGAGAUUAAACUAGUAUUACGAGGACAGAAGUCAUUGUAUUACACUAAUAUUUUUCGAUCACUCUUAUGUUUCCAUCCACAUUAUGUAAAGCCUGAAUCCAUCAACAGCUACAGGUGUAUCAUGAGUCCAUUUAAUCGUUUGCACACUUGUUUCAAAGUUCUGCUACUGAUAAUUUGAUGCUGAUGUGUUAAAAAUUAUUUCCUCAUUUGUAAAACUGAUACCAAAGUAUAACUUCAUCAGAUGAUCAACAUUCCUUAUUUUAAUGCAGUGGUAGGACUACUUUUUCAUGUAGUUAGUAGUUCUCAUGUUGACUUUAUUCUCAUUAAGAGUUGCAUGUUACACCAUCCUGAACAUGCUGGAUCUCAUCUGACCUUUAAAAGCUAAGCAGGGUCAGGCCUGGUUAGUAGUUGGAUGGGAGACAACCAGGGAAUACCAGGUGCCGUAAAACUGAUGUAGGAGUUGUGCCCACAUUGGAAGAACUAGCAAUAGAAAACCUUUGACCAUAAUAGUUCAUAGUUCGCCUUCUAUCAAAGGAUGACCAAAAACAAUUCUUGUAAUAUUAUGACUUUUAUCUCAUAAUUUAAAAAAAAAUCCCGUAAUGUGGCUCCAAUACUUUGUCGUACCAAUAUGACGCUAUACAAAUAAAGCCCUUAUGAACCGCCAUGAAAGGACAUAGUGCCAAAAACUGUGAUUUUUGACUUUAGGUUGAAAUUGGGUAGCCAAACGUUCAAAUAAAAACGGCCAUUUCCCACGAUCCCAAAACGAUAAAUGUGUUUUAACAGGCUGCAAACGACACCAAAGUGGACACUUACUGAUAAGUGCAGAAUUCAAAGUGUUUUAUGUUCUGUUCUUGUUUACAGUCUCUGCCCUGAGAUUAGAAAAGUGCUACAGUGACUACAGUUUUGGGGGUUGCAUGUGUGGUCUGAGACCCUUGAAGCCAUCAAUAAGUUGUCCACAUUGUUCUAAAGCGCUGAGCAGAAACGGUGCGAAAGGGUGAAGCCUUUCAGAAACUCCUAUUGCGAUGAACGAUGUAAAAAAAACUUUUAAAAAAAUAUACUCGAAGCUCAUUCAUAACAAGAAACCGAAGCACAACUAUGCCACACGUUCCAAGUGCCUCAGUAAUUUGGGAGCAUGUGAAAGCAUCACAGUCCACGUGUCGAACAUACUCCACCAAACAUUAGUGAUCAGGGACUUUUCAUUAAAGCAUCUGCUGCGUCAUUUACUCCUCUCAAAUACGUGCAAGUCGAGAACUCACACUAAAUUUCGCUCUAAAAAAGUAACUUUCAUCAUAUUUGAUUUGAUUUUUACUGAGGUCUAAGCCAGAUCAGAGGACCACCGAGUGUUGCCUGUUUCACACAGCAGCAGAAGGCCAACGAUGCAGCCCGCCGGUUUAAAUGAGGAUGCAUGCACGCUGAGGGGAGCUGCCAACGAGCUGGGGAGGAAGGUGCAGUCAGACGAGCCUCUUCCUCAGCCUCCCUGCGUCUCCAACCCACGCACGCCCAUGCAAUAGUCCUGUUACUCAGUGGAGGAUGUCUAGAUGCUGUGAAAUCCUGUUUUAAAAAAAAUGUAUGUGUUUAAAUUCAUUGUAAUGUAAUAUAUUCUUUGUUGAAUGUAGUAAUUAGGUAUUUAUGAAUAUAUGGCUGUGAUUUCAGACAAAAAGGAAAAUAAAAUACUUCAAAAAUGUUAAACAUCAA